AUGUCAAUUGUAUUUGCUCAAGGAUGUCGCAUAGUGAAAGAGCGCACCUCGCUAAUAUCACGCCGAUACAUUUCUGAUUCUGUGGUAUUUACACCCGUUGUCCGAUCCUCCUCAAUACCACCAGACACUGAAAAGCCCAAACUUGAAGGGAGACUACGCGUGAAGCUACUCAAAAGUCCAUCUCAUUUGGGUCAUUUUACAAGUAGAGUCAAUCGACCUUAUAAUGAGGACAAGUACAAUGCCAACGUGUUGACAAUUAGGGAUAAAGAGGUAUUCAAUUUCAAUAUAUUUGACGGACAUGGAGGAGAUCAAUGCAGUAAAUAUUUAGCUGAGAACUUGUCUUUGAAUGUUGAAUGCAGUGAUGAAAUGGUGAAAAAGAAGAAAGCAAGAGAGGAUUUAGUCAAGAAGUAUGCUAAAAAUGUAGGUGGGUAUUGGAAACGCUGGUACAAACAUCGAGAAAAGACAUUCGCCACAUGGCAAGCUAGUAAACUACCCAUUAAGAGCUUCAAAAAGGACCUUGAAAAGAACGAUAUAGCAUUUAGGUUGCCCCUUUCGUUCCUUAAUACAGAUUACGAAUUCUUCCAACAGGAGCAAGAACUGGGGUCAACGUGUACAUCGGCAUUUUUUCAAACUAUUUACAAUAACCCAGUGAAGUCGUUACCCGUGAUUGAAAAUUACUACUUCAACAGAAAUACUAUUUCUUUGUUAACGAUUGCCCACGUGGGUGACACUAGAGCCAUAUUAGUUGACAAGAAUGGGAUAGCAAAUGCAUUGACAGUGGAUCACCACCCUCUGAACCCAUUGGAAAGCAAAAGACUUCGAAGAUACGCGGCUAAUUUUUUCAUGACUGACUCUUUUGGAGAAGAACGGUUCAUAGCUCUAGCAAACACAAGGGCAUUUGGAGACGUCAGUUAUAAGGAAAUGGGUGUCACUGCAGAGCCGGAAGUGACACAGUUAAUUGUCGGAGACUCUAGGGAAAUAUCCCAAAAGCUAACCGAGGACGAGAUCAAGAAGUAUACUGUUGGUGGUCUUGGUGGUGAUGAGUGUUUUCUCAUUUUGUGUACAGAUGGAGUAACUAAUGUAUUGACUGAUCAAGAAAUUGCUGAUAUUAUAAUGACACAUUAUAAAAGACAGGGCCAUGUGAAGGCUACUCCACAAUUCUGUGCUCAGGAAGUUAUCAACUUUGUUGAAUAUGUUGGAGGUGAUGAUAAUGCCACUAUAUUAGUGAUUAGAUUGAAUGGAUGGGGUAACUGGCCAAAUAUUGACAGAACAGGGGAGUUGAGGCAGCAAAGGCUAGACGAUUACAAUCCAAGGCGUAAUAGUGGUUGA